AUGGUUGGACAAUUAACUGAUGCCAAAAUUACAGAAACUAAAGGAGUGCUUGACAAAAAAGCUCACAUUUUGCCAUCAAUAGAUGGAACAGUCAAUCUACUAACUUUAUUUCAAGCGCAUAUACCACAACUAUGCACUGCUUUUACGGAAUGUGAAAUAUUUAAAAUUGAAAAACCGAAUUUAAUAAAAUUACUUACUCUUUGCAAAGAUGAAAUAUAUCGUAACAAUGACCGAUGUUUUCGUGUUUUUCUACUUGUUAUGAAAUUUUUGAGUGAUACAAAUGCUACGAAAAUAUUCAAUACAUUUUAUGAUAAUAAAAUGUUUAUUCAAUUAUCAGAUUUUUAUAUUAAUUGGGUAAAGCGUUGUGGUGACAAUCAUAAUGUCAUCCGAUCCAUUCUUAUCAAAGCGGAAAAAAUGGAUGCUAAGCCAAAAUGGACAAUUAGCAUCUGGCGAAGGCAAUUUGUUAUAAAGGAAGAAGAAUUAAUUUUAAGUAAUAAUAAUAGUAAUAUUAUCCCUUCUACUACAACUAUUGAAACAACUGAUUCAUUGGUAUAUCAGUGGGAUAAACAAUUGCAAGCAGACUUAAUGAAUAAUAUAAAAAUACCAAAUUUCAUAAAAAUUUAUGAUAAAAAAAUGCCACCAUUCAAUUCUACAUUUGAUAAAUUAUCAUUUCCAGAGCAAAGUUCAAAUGGUUCACUAAAUUUUAUUUGCUCUAUCAGAAACAUUCCAAAUCGUUAUUUCAUUUUAAAAAUACGAUCAAAACAUCAAAGCUAUUGGGAAGCAUAUAUUUAUCAGUAUGUGGAAGAGAAAUUACGUCUAAUCUCAGGAAUUAUUCGAAUAUAUCAUUGUCUUUCUUUCACUGAUAAAUGCUUAACUAUUCAAGAGUUUACAGCUGGAACAUUGAAAGAAUUGAUAGCAAUUCAGGAUUAUAGUAGUAUAAAAUUAAGCGAAUUCAUAAUUGCAAUAAUAAUUCUUGAUCUAAUGAAAAUUUUACGUUGCAUACAUCAAAUGAAUAUUAUUCAUGGUUGCUUUAAAAGUCAUAAUAUUUUCGUUGCUGGAAGGAUAGCAUAUAAGCCACAGCUUAAUACAUUAACUAAUGGUGCAACAUUACUUGUAAAAUUAGCUAAUUGGGAUUCUGCAAUACAAAAUACCAAUGGUAGAAAGCACAGUGGACAGUAUAUCAAUGAAAAUAACGUUGUCACGGAUGAUAAUUACAAAUGUGAACCACGGAAUUACGAAAUUGAUAAAAUUGGCUUUGUAAAUAUUGUUAAUGAAUUAAUUUCUAAUCAGUCAUUACGUUAUUUACAAUGCAAAAAUGGACGCUACGUUUCAUUAUUGAAUUUUGAAAAGAAUUUGUAUAUGCAUGAACUUUGGUCAAAUUUAUUUCAUAAAUGUUUGAAUAUGAAAUUAUGCAAUUGGGAUGAAUUGAUUAAUAUAUUUGCGGAAACAAUAGAUACUUUUAUACGUGAAAAUGGAGAUCAAUGGAUAGGAUUAAGUGCUGAAUAUAAUGUUCUUCUUCUGGAAUUAUUUAAGAAAAAAUCAAAAUUCUAUCCUUAA